UUGGCUGUCUUUAUAUGCCUACUUUUUGAUUAUGUCUUGUGAUAUCUUGUGACUUUAUAUGUCUACUGUCUCAUUAUAUCUUGUGACUUUUUAUUAUUUCAUCUUCCCAGUUACUGAUAAAAUUGGAGGACAACCGAUUGGUUGAAACUGUUGGGAUACCAGUGGAAGAUGAUAAAGGUUCAGUCAGGUUGACUGCAUGUGUCUCAUCCCAGGUAGGCUGUCCAUUGCGCUGUUCCUUUUGUGCCACUGGCAAGGGGGGAUUUGCAAGAAACCUUAAGAGGCAUGAAAUUGUAGAGCAGGUGUUGGCAAUAGAAGAUGUUUUCAAGCACAGGGUUACAAAUGUCGUGUUUAUGGGAAUGGGUGAGCCGAUGUUGAACCUUAAAGAAGUUCUUGAAGCACACCGUUGCCUGAAUAAGGAUAUCCAAAUUGGGCAGAGGAUGAUCACAAUAUCAACUGUUGGAGUUCCAAAUACAAUAAAAAAGCUGGCUUCUCACAAGCUUCAAUCGACGUUGGCUAUUAGCUUACAUGCUCCAAACCAGAAACUCCGCGAAAGUAUAGUACCAAGUGCAAAGUCCUAUCCUUUGGAAGCAAUCAUGAAGGAUUGCAGGGACUAUUUCCUUGAAACCAGUCGACGGGUGUCUUUCGAAUACACACUUUUAGCUGGAGUCAAUGACACCAUUGAGCAUGCGUUAGAGUUAGCAGAACUGCUUCAUGAAUGGGGUCGUAGUUACCAUGUCAACCUGAUACCGUUUAAUCCAGUUGAAGGAUCUGAUUACCAGCGUCCAUAUAAAAAAUCAACUCUUGCAUUUGCAGCCGCUCUGGAGUCCCGUAAAAUAACCGUCAGUGUCCGGCAGACUCGAGGUCUUGAUGCUAGUGCUGCAUGUGGACAGCUGAGAAAUCAGUUCCAAAAGAGCCCUCUGCUUACUGGUGCCGAGGACCAGCAAUCAAACUCAGAGAUUGCAGUUAGUUGUUGAUCCAGGAUUCACCUGUUGCUACCUUCUGCAAGUUAGGUGGAACAGCUGCUUCAUGGGGGUAAAGUCCUACUAGGUUAGCAUCACACUCAGCUCUCGUGGCAAUCAAUGGAUAACAUCCCACAGGAGCAGAAAAGAUUUUCAUCUUAACAAGAGGAUUAUUCAGUGAAAUUGAAGAAAAUUAUGAAAAACUGCAGAUUUUAUCAAAUGCAGGCGACAAUACUCGAGAGCUGAGAGGAAUUGCAAAUGGGGAUGGAGGUCUUAAAGUACAACAUGGUGUAUAUUUUUUCUUCAGGAAAUGGCAGUCUACGAACGAUUUUGUGAACUUGCUGAAGUUCAUUUAAGCUACGACUACAGUUUCGAUAUUGCUAAUAAGAGAGAGAUCACUUUUGAGCUCUUUCUAAAAUUCUCAGCCAUAUGUAAAAGGAAAAAUGAAGAGACAUUUGACACCCUA